AAAAGAGAUAAAAAUCGCCCUUCACUCGAGCUCUCAUCAACCUUCGUUUUCCCCCUCUCUGAAACCCUACAAAAACAUCUCUCAGCAUACCACGAAAAUCGAAGCUCUACCUCCCCAACUAGCUUCCCCUAAUUCUUCAGCGGUGAUAAGGGGAGCACAUUUUUGUUGUCUUCUAUAAUAGGGUGGGGUUAUUGCUCAAAUGGCUUCUGUAUCCAGUCAACCGCAGUUUCGUUACACCCAACCUCCAUCCAAGGUGCUUCAUUUGCGAAACUUACCAUGGGAGUGCACAGAGGAGGAGCUGAUUGAACUUGGAAAGCCAUUUGGUAAAGUUGUGAACACAAAGUGCAAUGUUGGAGCAAAUCGAAAUCAGGCUUUUAUUGAAUUUGCUGAUUUAAAUCAAGCUAUUGCUAUGAUAUCAUAUUACGCUUCGUCCUCAGAGCCAGCUCAAGUGCGUGGCAAAACUGUCUACCUACAGUACUCAAAUAGGCAAGAAAUCGUGAACAACAAAACUACUGCCGAUGUUGCUGGGAACGUACUGUUGGUAACAAUAGAGGGUGAGGACGCACGCCUUGUCAGCAUUGAUGUUUUACAUUUGGUUUUUUCAGCUUUUGGAUUUGUGCAUAAGAUUACUACCUUCGAGAAGACAGCUGGAUUUCAGGCCCUGGUACAAUUUUCAGAUACAGAAACUGCCUCUUCUGCAAAGAAUGCCCUAGAUGGAAGAAGCAUUCCUAGGUAUCUUCUUCCAGAGCACGUGGGACCAUGUACCCUUAGGAUCACAUAUUCUGCGCACACGGACUUGAGUGUGAAAUUCCAGAGCCACCGAAGCAGGGACUACACUAAUCCUUACCUUCCUGUUGCUCCGUCAGCAAUAGAUGGAAAUGGCCAGUUAACUGUGGGUUUGGAUGGGAAAAAGCUAGAACCAGAGAGUAAUGUUCUACUUGCAUCUAUUGAAAACAUGCAGUAUGCCGUCACCUUGGAUGUUUUACACAUGGUGUUCUCUGCUUUUGGGCCUGUCCAAAAGAUUGCCAUGUUUGAUAAGAAUGGGGGUGUACAGGCUUUGAUCCAAUAUCCUGAUGUUCAGACUGCUGUUGUUGCCAAGGAAGCCUUGGAAGGACACUGCAUCUAUGAUGGAGGAUUUUGCAAGCUUCACAUCUCAUAUUCACGCCAUACCGAUCUCAGCAUUAAGGUCAACAAUGAUCGGAGCCGAGACUAUACAAUUCCCAACAACCCCGUGGUGAACUCCCAACCCUCAAUUCUGGGGCAACAGCCGGUUUCGGGAAUGGGUCCUACUGUUCAAUACAAUGGGGCCCCAUUUACUACAACGCCAGAGCAGCCUGCGAUGCCUCAGCCUUCAGCUGGGUGGGGUCCUGGUGUACCACCAAUGCAUCAGUCCAUGCCGAUGCAGAUGCAUAAUAAUCCUUACAUGCCACCUGGGACAAUGCUGCCUCAAGUUGCCCCGGGAAUGAUGCAGUCAUCGAUCCACAGUGGCAUGCCACAGUCAUCAAUGUUGCCCCCUUAUGGAUCUGGUCAGAUGCGGUAGAAGGGUCUGUCGUAAUCGCUUCAUCUUUUGCUUUUUUUGUUUUCUUUUCUUGCCCUCAAAAUACACUCAAAAAAUCGUUUAUUUUCUUUGUUAUAUCCCAACGUUUAAGCCACUCUUGGUUCGUAUGUCAUCAUUCACAAUUAUGUGUUGGACUGCUGCUAUAUGUGCUCUGCAGUGCACCCAAUA